UUUCCUCCUGGCUGCAGCAUUUCGGAGAUCAAGAACAAACAGCGGCGACACUUAAUGUUCAUGCAGUGGAAACAGCAGCAGCGGAAGGAAAAGUUGGCAGCUAAGAAAAAACUUAAAAAAGAGAGAGAGGCUUUUGGUGAUAAAGCUCCACCAAAACCUAUACCCAAAACCAUUGACAACCAGCGAGUAUAUGAUGAAACCACAGUAGACCCUACUGAUGAAGAGGCUGCUUAUGACGAAGCUACAGAUGCAUUUGCUUCUUACUUCAACAGACAAACUUCUCCCAAGAUUCUCAUUACAACAUCAGAUAGACCUCAUGGGAGAACAGUAUGAUUUUGUGAACAGCUCUCCACAGUUAUACCAAAUUCACACAUUUAUUACAGAAGAGGACUGGCUCUGAAAAAAAAUAUUCCACAGUGCAUCUCAAGAGAUUUCACAGAUCUGAUUGUUAUUAAUGAAGAUCGUAAAACACCAAAUGGAUUAAUUCUGAGUCACUUGCCAAAUGGACCAACUGCUCAUUUUAAAAUGAGCAGUGUUCAUCUGUAUAAAGAAAUUAAGAGAAGAGGCAAGGACCGCACAGAACACAUACCUGAAAUUAUUCUGAAUAAUUUUACGACACGGCUGGGUCAUUCUAUUGGACGGAUAUUUGCAUCUCUAUUUCCCCAUGAUCCUCAGUUUAUUGGAAGGCAAGUUGUCACGUUGCACAAUGAACGGGAUUAUAUCUUCUUCAGAUUUCACAGAUACAUAUUCAAGAGUGAAAAGAAAGUGGGAAUUCAGGAACUAGGACCACAUUUUACCUUAAAAUUAAGAUCUCUUCAGAAAGGAACGUUUGAUUCUAAAUAUGGAGAAUAUGAAUGGGUCCAUAAGCCCCAGGAAAUGGAUACAAGUAGAAGAAAAUUCCAUUUAUAAAGUAACUGAAGGAAUAGU